GUCAGCGGAGCGUCACAUGCUGUCAUAUGGACCAAUGAGAGGCCGCCAUCUCUUUACCCGGAAAAAGGAUUUUCCUGACAGCUCCGCCCAGUCAGUCCAUGGCUGAUCAGCAUGAGACCAUCGAUCUCAGGUCUCCUCCAGUGGACCCUUCAGCAGCUGAAGGGCACAGCUGGUUCCCUGGACCUCCUCCACCCAUGUAUUCCUGCACCUUGACCCCUGAGCUGGUGCACAAAGCCCGGGAGGAGCUCCAGGAGAAGCCAGAGUGGCGUCUGCGGGAUGUCCAAGCACUGAGAGACAUGAUACUUAAGGAACAGCCCAAUCUCAGGACCCGCCUGGACGACGCCUUUCUCUUGCGCUUCCUGCGGGCCCGGAAGUUUGACUAUGACCGAGCUCUGCAGCUGCUGCUCAACUACCACGCAGGCCGUAAGGCUUGGCCAGAGGUUUUCCAGGACCUGAAGCCCUCCACAGUGAAACACGUCCUGGACCUGGGAUUCCUCACUGUCCUUCCACAGCCGGACCCCAGCGGGAGAUACAUCCUCUUACUCCGGCCAGGAAAAUGGAAACCAAAUGAUUAUCCGUUUGUUGACAAUGUGAGGGCCAUUUAUCUGACUCUGGAGAAGCUGAUCCAGCCGGAGGAGACGCAGGUGAACGGUAUUGUCAUCUUAGCGGACUACAGCGGAGUGGGCAUGUCACAAGCUUCCAAUCCAGGCCCGUUCCUCGCCAAAAAAGUUGUGAGCAUCCUCCAGGAUGGGUUUCCAAUCAGAAUCAAGGCUGUUAACAUAAUAAACGAGCCCCGGAUUUUCAAAGGCAUCUUUGCUAUUAUUAAGCCUUUUCUGAAAGAGAAGAUGGCAGAGAGGUACGUCCUCCACGGCUCAGACCUGCGCUCUCUGCACCGGAACGUCCCACGCUCGGUUCUGCCAGAGGAGUACGGCGGCAUCGCGGGCCAGCUGGACUUGGGUGCUUGGUUGAGAGUGCUCCUGGACUGCGAGGAGGAAUUCAUAGUGGAGUUCUGCCAGCCGGAUCCACUAGAGGGCAUGGUGCUCCCAGACUCCAUGCUCUUUGAAGGAGAGCAGGCCAGCGGGCAGGACGACGACACCUUCAGGGGGCUGCGCUCUCAACUCUACUACUGUUACUGAUGCAGGCUGGAGAUGCAUACGCUCCCAUCACUGAGAGGACAUUUUUCUGUUUCAUUUGAAACAAGUGUGUAGACUUUUACAGGGCAAGUUGCCAAUAGUAUACAUGAUUUAGUUUACUAACUAAGCAGCACUACUAUAGGUGUCUAGUCUUCUGUAGUUUACAGGUAGCCCAGCAUUCAAUCGUGGUUCUAAGGCAGCUGCAGGCUCAGGCAAAGAGGCCUUUGACAUGAGCUGAUGCAUGUUUGGCCGUUAUUGGUGUCCCUCCUGUAAAGUUAUUGCUGUUACUUAAAGGAUAGGGUCACAUUUUUGAAUAUUCAGCGCCCAUAUGUACAUUGAAGCUGGUUUUGCCAUAUGAGAUCAUUCCUCUUGUCCAUACUGGCCCCUAAAGGAUCCCUUCCUAAUGUGCUAAUUAGAUGGGGGACAAAACUCCUUGUUUUGUUCUUAGCUGAAGCUAAAAUGAGGCUCCAGUAGAACCAGUUGGGCAAAUCAAGUUGGUAACUUCAAAAGUAAUGGUGUUUAAAAGUUCCACUUUGUGUUUCCCUGGACAGUGUUUCUGAUACCCACUUUAUUUGGCUAACUGAGGCUGCAGAAGCCUCUUAUUAAGUUCAGCUGAAUUGUGAAAUAGAUUUUUAAACAGAACCAGGACUGUGUAUUUGUCCUCAAGCAUGCUAGGGAGGGAUCUCCUAACAGUCUGACCAGGAGGUAUGAUUACAGCAAGCAAAAACUGUGCUUAUGCACAUAUAAGUAGUGUUUUAAGACAGAAAUGGAAAAUGCAAACCUUCCUUUAAUAUUUGUUCCCUGAGGAAUAAUUCCCAAAACAGUUUCUCAAACCCACAGUUUGUUAGAUAUCUGCAUACAGCCAUUAGUGCUCUGUUUGUACGGUUACAUCACCCCUCAACACAUAAAGUGUAGACAGUUUAUGUGUAUGUAACCGUCUAAUACAUUGCCUUAAACUGUGGAUUUCCUUGUGUAUCAAAAGAUAUGUCAGAUUUGUGUGUACCAAAGCAAUAUUCAUGUGUAUUCUCAUCAGGUCUUGUUUUACAAAAGAGUGGAUAUACUUCAUUGUUGGAAAGUGGAAAUGGAUGGCUGCUUUGACUACGAGAAAGAAUAAUACAAUAUAUGUAAAUGUUUUCCCUCAAUAUUUAACUCUUGCACAGUAUUGUAGGGCCUUUGUUUAGUUGAUGCUUCAGUUUUCUCAAACUCGAAUCUCCUGAAAGGAUUAUUUUUUUAAACUCUAAUCUGCCUUAUGUUGUUUUUUUUGUACCUUUUUUUUUUACCUGUUUGCAUGUGUUUUAUCACUCAGUCUUAUCACACGGCCAUCACUGAUCACAGGACUCAAAUGAGGAGUUGAGGUUUAGUCCUGAUUUUUUUAUGGACAUCUGCUUUGCCAAAUUUCCCAUCAGGCCAUGUACAGAAAUGUGCAAAAAUGUUAAAUCGGUUUUCUUGCUGUAGCACGAAGCUAAUUUCAAAAGUUUUCAUUCAAGCAUGUCUGUGAAUAUUAGCAAUUUUGUUUUGCAGGAUAUUUAUUGUUGGUAGUGAAGACAGUAAAGAAACAGUCAAA